AUGCCUCCACCGGCGACUCCAUCUCCCUUUCGCCUGUCCCGCCGGUACCCCCCAUCACGACGCAGCGGACCUCAAUUUGCACACUCCCCGCGGUUCUUAUUGUCGCAAUCGGCACCACGACGAGGGGACCUAGAUAUUGUCGAUGACGAUACCGUGCCGCCAUCCUCGGCCCCAGCUACAGCCGUACCAGCGGAAUUUGUACCGAGCGCAAUCCAGUCCCGCCGACAUAGGGAAGCAAUCCAAGAUUCCGACGAUGACGAGUGGUUGGAUAACCUAGAAAGUCGUGGGGGAAGGAACACCGGACUUGCGAACGACCAAAUCGAAAGCUCUCCGCCUCAACCUUCACAUAUUCAGUCUCCAGGUUACCAGGACCUCGACGAUGACGCGCGUUUCGCACCGAGCAGAGACGGAAAUAAGCGGAUGCGCCUCUUUGCGCCGGAUAUUUCACCCAUAGAGGGCACAAGUGAUACAUCAUACGGAGUCCGCUCGCCAUCUCCAGACACGCGGCCCUCAAUACCGCCUGUGCUGCAGACACCAGGUCCACGAAUACUUCCACGACCAGCCGCCACGCAAGAAGGGAGCCAGCUCGGCGCAACACCAAACACACACGCAAGACCAAGACCGCUCCUUGUUGAAACGCCAGAAAGCACACAGACGCCACUUCGAAGUCGACCUCGAUUUCUUAUCGGCUCUCAGCAGCCGCGCAGCACUCAGUCUGCCCUAUGGGCAGAAAGCCCGUCGGCUACGCAAUCGACUUCACUGGGAAGACACAAACCUGCCUUUGUCCUACCUCGUUCACCUUCCCCCAAGGCUGCAGACGAUGACCUUCCCGCACCCUUCUCGCCAUCGUCCAAGUCGUUGCAUAGACGGGGGAAGAAUCGUCCCGGGGCCACUGGGUAUGUACCUGGGGGAAUGGCGGCUGAGUUGCGGAGCUGGGUCCUGGAGACAGGCACCAGGCAUGACCAGGCGCGCCCAGGUCGGAGAGUUGAGAUGUCGAGCGAUGGAUCUGUCGAGAUUUCCCGCUACCUUGUGGCUGCGCGUGUGCUCGAGGUGAAACCGGCUAUCAUUAGAGGCUCUGGUGCUUUGUCCUUCAUUAGAGCUACGAACCUGGCUGGUUCAUCUACCAGUGAGGCUGAGCCCGCGAAGAACAACUUGAAUAUUGUACUCAUGGGUGCCCCUCGGGCAAAGUCAAGACCGGGGGAGUCAUCGCCUCGAAUGAAUCAGCUGUCGGAGGAGACCCCUCGCCCCGGAGACUUGGUGGGUGUUCAAAAGGGACUUUCAUGGUACAUCACUCUGGGCGAGGAUCAAGCUCAAUGUGCUCCGAGCAAUGUUCCGGAUUCGAUGGCUUUGGACCACAUGUCACCCUUAGGCGAAGAAUGGCUGAUUACCAUGCAGUGGGAGCUGAUUGAGAGGGCGGUCUGA